UUGCUGUUUUUUUUCCCCUUUUUUUAGUCGUUCUCCAAGUGCCUUUGCCCGAACAACAUGAGGAGGAGCCACUGUACAAGCUGGAUGGGGAUUCUGGCGCUGUUCGGCCUCCUGCCGUACUCCAAGCAGCAUUGCUAUAGCAUGAAGCUGGUGAGUGUCCGGACGUGGGAUACACCCAACUAUGGCCUGAAGAUCAACAUGUUCGAGAGGAACAACUCGAUGGCGUCGGUGACGACGGUGCGCCAGGAUGUGGCCAUUCCGCUGUGGCAUCUGGUCCUCCUGCAGCAGCCCCGCAAACGGAAUGGUGGCGGUUCGCCGUCGCGUACCGAACUGCCGCGUACCCUGUACAAUUCGACGACAAAGACAUGCGACUUCUUGAAGUACAUGCGACAUGUGUCCGCCUGGAACAAUGUGGCCAAGCUGAUGCUCUCCAAGGGGGCCAGCAACAUGAGUCUCGCCUGUCCGCUGAAGGUCGGCGUCUACAUGAUGAACCGCAUCCAGGUGCCCCCCGAUACGGCCCUACUGAAGUUUAUGUAUCAUCCGAAUACCCUCUACACGCUCGAGGGCACCGUCUAUGGCCAGAGCCCCAAGGAGGGGGCGACGAGGCGGUUUCUCUGCAAGUAUGAGGUCAAUGCAACCAUUUUCAAGUCCUGCUAAAGGCACCAAGCACUUUGCUCUGUUUUUUUUUCUAGUUGUAACAAAUAAAAGUGCCCAUUUUUCCACCAUC